AUGAGUGGAAAUUUCCUGACGAUACCCAGCGAUGAUUCAAUACAGCGCCGGUCUAGGAGUUCAUCACUGACAGAUCUGAUUUCCGCAUUUGACACAAAAGCUCAAGCGCACAGUGAUUUACAGAAAAUUACAGCAUUCAGUGGGCAUUUCGACAAAAACGCCAAACCCACUUUCUCAAAGGACGAAUAUGGCAAACCAAUACCUGGAUCAAAAACAGAAUACAGAGGAGCAGAAGCCCAGGCCAGGGUGUGUACUGAGAUGAAAGAACUUUGUGAAAUAAUCAAUGAAUACGGAAAACCGCCUUGUAAAAGCCUCUUACCUCCUGAUCUACAGUGUGCGACAAAAGUAAUUUCAUUUGGAGAACUAUUUACGAUAUACACUGUCAUCUCAGAUAAGCUAGUCGGCAUCUUACUAAGAACGCGAAAAUACGGACUAACUUACUUUGAAGGCGAAGUUUUAUUCCAAAAACGUGAUGAUGACGUCCCUGUUUUUCUCAUGCAGUCCAUGCAGGACAUCCGGACGUAUUGCGAUAACAAGGCUCUACAAGCAAGACGCUCCGUUUCGCCUAUGCCGCACUAA